AUGUAUCUGGAAAAAAAUCCUCCACUUGGGUGGGUCAAGGCCAAUUGGGACGCCGGAGUCAAUCAUCAAACAGGUCGUGUGGGUCUCGAGGUCGUUAUCCGGGAUCAUCAAGGCAGAAUGUGGGCGGCGAAAUGUGUGACUCGACUGGGAUUUUUGGAACCCACAGCAACGAAAACUUUGGCAGCUACUAUGGCGACUCAGUUGUGCACUGAGAUGGGGUUUAUGCAGGUCCAAUUGGAGGGAGAUGCGAAAGUGGUCGUGGAUGUUGUGACAUCCAUGCUGCCUGAUGAGAGUGUUAUGGGACAUCUUACGAAAGACCUGCGUAUAGCUCUCCGUUCUAUCCUAUCGUGGAAAAUGGGGCACAUACAAAGAGAAGGUAAUAAAGUUGUCCAUGCUCUAGCAAGUUUGGCUUUGCAGAAUGAGAUAGAUAGGGUGUGGCUUUAUGACCCCCCAGAUUGUAUACGCGAGACUAUGCAUGCAGAGGCUUUAGCCCUGCAGCGUAUGAUUUGA